UGGAGGAAAUUGGAUGGCCAACGUAAGCGCUCCUCUUGAAUGAGAAAAUAGCAGCAGGGGGAAAAACAGGCUGAGCAACACACACGACACUGACAGCAGCCAAGCAGCGGCCACUGAAAGAGAGAAACCCGGACCCAGUGUGUUGGUGCAGCCACAAGAAGGAGCUCAUUAUCAUUUUUGUAUUAUUUAUUAAUUUUUUUUGGAGUAAACAGAUUUUCGUCAUCAGGAUUUAAACCACGGGAUUCUCGUCAUUUUGAGCCGCGCGCGCAUUCCUCAGCAGGAUCUGCGCAUCUUCAAUUGCCAAUUGUUUUCUGCUCUUCUUAAAGCGUCUAUAGCCAUGUUCGAGCAGGGACUGGCGAAGCGGUUCAGCUGAAUUCCUGUCUUUCAAGAAAAAAGCAAGAAAGAAAGAAAAAUGGAACAGCGGCUCGCCAAACAAGAAAGCAAAAACAUGGACGCGUGUCUGAGGCGACUGAAGCAAGAGCUGUUAUCCAUGAAAGAAGCUGGAGAUGGCCUCCAUGCUCAGAUGAAUUCAAUGAUGGGAGCCCUUCAGGAACUCAAGCUCCUUCAGGUCCAGACGGCAUUAGAAAAUCUUGACAUUUCAGGGCGGCCUAUUAACCGGGGAAUGCCCCACACGGCUUCAACUGCUGCUGCUGAACCACCAGCUGCAGCAGCAGCAGCUUCAGGAGAGGAUCAGAGCUGCUGUAUUAGACAAACCAUGUCUGAAGAGCCCAGCCCGAGUCACAUGCCGAGUUCAAGGCAGUCUUUGGAAAGCAGAAACUCGACUAGUCUAUCAGAAAACAGAAGCAGUCUGGAAACCUCAUCCUCCUCGUCAUCCAGCCUAGAGAGUGAGAGUGAAAGAAGUCAAAGAAGUGCACGGAGCUCAAGAAAUGCAAGAAAUGCAAGAAAUGCAAGAAGCGAAAAUGACCUGGAGUCUAUACCGAGAAGGUGGUCAGGAUAUACUGCCCCUCAAGUUGACUUCUGUGGACCAGUUGUGGGAAAUCCUCCACCAGAGCCCUACCCUAGCCAUCCCCGUCCCCGUCGUGCACAGAUAGUGGACCUGCCUGGAAUCCUGUACAGUCUCUCAAGAGAGGGUCCAUCCUUAGAUAGCGACUACUCCCAUGACAGCACAGAUGACGCCAGUGACUGGACUUCUUCACUCAUGAGCCGCUGUCGCAACCGUCAACCAUUAGUUCUGGGGGACAAUGUAUUUGCAGACCUUGUGGGCAACUGGCUAGACCUGCCUGAGGUGGACAGGGAGGAAGGGGAAGAAGAAGAAAGGGCAAAGAGGAGAGAGGAGAGAAUGGAUGGUGGGACAGAAAGACCAGACACCCCAGCUCACCCUCUACGCCUCAGCCGCUCACAGGAGAUCUGCAAAAAGUUCUCAUUCACCACAAACAUCUUCAAGAAGUUCCUGCGAAGUGUCCGGCCUGACCGGGACAAGCUGCUCAAGGAGAGGCCAGGCUGGGUGGCUCCUGAACUUCCAGAGGGUGACCUCUUUAAAAGGCCGAAGAAAUUGCUUCCCAAAAGUUCAAAAGGCAGCUUUUACCUGCCGUUCUGGGCGAAUGGACAGCAGGGCAAAAGCAGCACAUGUAUGCAUCUUCCGGAGACAGAGAGGAACCACCACCAGCACUUGCACCAGUUUUACCAGCAGCCAUUUGCAGGGAUUUAUUUAGACAGAAGGCAGCCAGAGACUGGUCUGGAGAAAAUGCAGCCCUUGUUUGACUACAACACAGCUGUGUGGGUCUGACAGCGAGUCUCUGGCCAACAGACUGCCAGUGAUGCCAGAUUGAGCGUGUGACAGGUGCUGUAGGAUUUUGGCUGUGAUAAAGGAGCGUGAAUGAACGAGAGGCUUGGACACAGUUAUCUUCCAAAAAUGAACCGCUAAAUUCACACCAACAUCGUGUUUCUCCUGCGACUGAGAGAUUAUCAGGGCAACAUUUCGUCUGACAAUCCAAAAACCCAGACCUCGUUUGAUGUGUCCGUGUGAGUGUAUGCUGCCACGCGUCUGAGAAAGAAUGAGACUUUUUUAGGGUUUAUGCUGCAACUUUUGUAUUAUUCAAACUCCUUCACACGUGUGCAUGUAUGACUGGAUUUUCAUGUUCUCCUAAAAGACGGUACACCAUUCUCAGAAUGUCACUAUCAAUUGAAAUCUUUUUAAUGCAAACUUUUUCCACUUCUGCUCUACAGGACACACUUCUUUGCACUUCUUUGCAUCUAUAAAUAGCAACACCAACUGUUGCAUUGCAUGGUUACUGUUUUUAUAAAUGAUGCUACAAACAGCUGUUACUGAACGCACUGCCACUAUAGAGUCCUCAGCUUCCUUUGUAUUUCCAAAAUGGCUGUAACAACCUGGAAACUCAUGACUACAUGAACUCGUCUUGUCCACCUUUGCUCAGGGAGCGAAUGCCACACAGGAGAAGCACUGCCACAUUCAGAAUGGGUUUCCAGUAUAUUUUAUUUUAUCUUGCUUUAAAAGCAUAACAGCAAUACGGUGGAUGACUAGUUCAAACUUUGUACAUUAAACUUUGAGAUCUGUCCCUCGUAAUCAGAAAUGCUGUGGUUGCUGUCAUGUUGGAAGCACUCUCUUUAGUUCUCUGCUAUGUAGACAUGGCAAAUGUUGAGUCAACUGAAGUCCUCGUGGGCUGUUAUGCAGAGAGAGGAGGGGGUAAAGAUGGCACAGCCAACCCCAAGUACUGACUAACUGACAGCCAUCUGGUACUCAGACAUUAUGUAAAGUAUGUUCGCCACAAGCUUAAAGAUGCAAAACAGGCUUGUUUAAUCCCAGAGCUUUGUGAAUUAACUGACUGUGUUAUAUACUGUAUAUAUGCAGGCGAAUGCAUUACAGGGCUGUAACAGAUAUAGGACCCAUAAUCUGUGAAAGGUACAACAAACUGAACAGGCUAAAUGUACAGAACAUUGUACAUAUUUGUCAUCAAACAGCAGCAAUAAGACUCAUUUACUGUAAUAUCCCAUCGCAUGAUUUUCAUUAUUCUGCACAGAUAAAUGUCACCAUAACAGCUGAUUGUGUAAACAUUGCUACAGCGCUUGUACUUAAACUACAAACCAGUGAGGUCAUAUUUAAUCUACAUUAUUUAUUCUAUUGUACCAUAAUAAACAGUUUCAGUAUUUGUCAUUUCAAGCAGAACCAUAACAGUUCAAAUCAAACUAUAGCUUCCUUCAAAACUUCCCUCAGGUCACAGACGACACUGCCCACUCUUGAUUCGUGUUUUUUUAUUAUUAUUAUUAAGGGACCACUGAUAUGCAAGGACAAUCUGAUAUUCUUAACUUAAUAUUAAAGGAAAAAAACAUUAUUUUCACUCAGUUUUUGAUGUGAUACCAGACCAAUAAUCUUAGCCAGCAGGGAUUAGGCCUCAGAGGUGGUUUUGAGUGUCUUGGCCAGUUGAUCCAUAUGGUGCUGUCUCUGUUUCAGUAAUCAGGUCAAUACAUAUACUGCACAGUCUGAGGGUUCAACACACACAGACAGUUUCUUCUGCCAUAAAGUGCAGUCUGAGAUGUCAUGACACGUAGUACAUGUAUGUAACUGUAACAUUUAUUUCUUCCUAUUAAAGCUGUCUUCUGAGUGUAAUUCUCAGCACUGUUGUUGAUAUUUUUCAUCGAGGUUCUGCGAACCUUCAGUGGUGAUCUUGUGUCAUGUGCACUGUAAAACUGUCACUGACUCUUUGUAAAUUAAAUCUGUUUUCAGAAUGAAA